GGCUAGCCUCCCUGGCUAGAGAAGGAGAGGAGGAGGAGAUGAGACCAAGGAGAAGAGGUGAAGGAGGAGAGGAGGACACAGAAAAGAGAAGAAAGAGGAGAGGAGGAGACGGAGAAGAGGAGGAGGAGCAGCAAAGGAGGAAGAAGAGGAAGAGGAGUAGAAGAGCAAGUGAGGAGGAGGAGGGGGGAGUAGGAGGAGAGGAGAAGGAGAGCAGGAGAAAAGUAGGAAGAAGAAGAGAGAAGAGGAGAGAGAGGAGAGGAUGAGGAGGAGGAGGAGAGUAAGGAGGAAAUGAAGAAAGAAGGACAGAAGGUGGAGAGGAGGAAGAGGGGAGGAGAGGAGGAAGAGGGGAGGAGAGUAGGAGAAGGAAACGAGGAGGAGGCGAGGCUGCACCACCCUUAUCAGGUUCCAGUUCUCGGUGCGCCCCGUUCUGCAAGACACUCUCCUGUGGUCAGCCCUGGCCUGCAGAGGAUUCCCGCGCUGGAUCUCUGAGGGAUGCUGGCGCCCUCUCUGCAGCACAUUCCUGAUGCCCUUGCUGACACAUGUGUCCUCUGGGUCCUCUCCUGAAACCUGAUCCUCCGGGGUGUCUUCUGGCCUCACCUCUUCUGUCCAGUUCCAGCAAGCUCACUUUGCUUAGCCUUUGAAUCCCUUCCUUCACUGUCUGCCGUGACAAUUCGGGCCUUUCACCGUCACUCAGGCCUGGACCAUCACUGUUGCCCAUCCCAUGCCAUCAACAGGUUUGCCCCAUCCCUUCGGCUCCCUACCAGGGCAUUCAGUUGUGUUGAGCAGCAGAGUGUCUCCAAGUCCCCACUGGUUGAGCUGCAUCCGGGUCCCAUCCCACAGGGACCCCCCCUGGCCGCUGCAGGUGCAUGCUGAUCCUGCAGCUCCUCAAGGGUGUCAUCGCUUUCCCCCUUCCCAGACCCAGCACACGCUGCCUGCAUGGCGCUGUGCUGCACCUUCACUCUGGUCACGGGUCUGGCAGUCGGCUCACCAAUUCCUCCCGCUUCCCUGGGACUCGCCGGCUUUUAGCACUGCAAUUCACUCAGCAAACUGGGACUGUUGGUCACCCUACCUGGCAGCCAGUGAUAAGGUGAGGGCCACUCCUGGGAGGGAGGACACCUGUGGGGAAAAUUCUUGUUAUUUAUUUCUCCUUCAGGAUAGGGUGCCUGCAGCGCUUCAUGGGAGGGGGUGGGCUGAUGCUGCGGACUCAGAAGUUUCAAGGGCAUCUGGGGAGACCAGAUAUUCAGAGACCUUCUCCUAGAUGUGCCUGUUCCAUGUAUCAGGGACGCAGGUUUUCCCAACAGGGCUGGUGUCAUUGGCAUGACAGACCUGCCUUGGCUGAGCAUUCACCCGUCUUUGGAGUUCAGCCACCUUAGCAAGUCCUGGGUUUGUUCUUCAGACUUUGCUGCUCGCCCAUUGCCUGGAUCGGGGGCUACUUUGUAAACCACCAGGAAGACUCCAGUGUUUCUGCUUAAUUUUUAGAUGUUUGUUAAUUGCUCUUGGUCUCUCAUUAAUCCCCUGUGGGUCAUCCAGGAAACAUACUCACCACUGUCUGUUCUCUGAGUUUUCAUUUCCAGGCAUCCGCCCUGCCUGGAUCUCCUCACCUGCCAGGAACUUCCUCUCCACAAGCCGGCCAUCCCAGCAAAAGUUCUAACACCAAAGGUCUGGCAACUAGCCUGCCAUCUUGUGCCUGGAGCCGCCUGCGUGCCACCUACUCCCGAAGAUGGGAACCUUGUUGCCAGUCGGGCAGAUGCGGGGCAAUCCUGUACCAAGACCCCAUUUUACCACCUGCUUUCUCAGACCACUCUGGAACCCACUGUCUCAGAUUGUGUCCUCCAGGAAGCAGACCAUGAGAGGGAGUUGGCAGGGCCAAAGAUUUACUGGGGCUAACUAACACUCAGGAAAGGGAUAGGAAGGAAACAGGGCUGGAGAGCAGGUUGAGCCCGACCUGACAGUCUCGAGCAGCCCAACAGGGAGGUGUGGAGCAAGGGUUGCCCACUAGAGGGGCCUGCAUUGGGUACGGGUGAUGGGGUCCACAUGGUACCUGGCAUAUAGCAGGCUGUGCAAUCCAUAUUAACUGACUGGAUAAAUUAAUGCCCAGAAAAGGUGCCCUGGAGAAUGGGUGUGUGCUGAACACAAUAGGGAAGGGCCCAGCAUCUGCCUUGGCAUAGGCAGAACUGUGCUGUGCCCUGCAACAGGCCACCUGAGAGCUGCUUUGAUCUUGUGUGUGCAUUAGACGACUGCCAGGGGCAUGAAGGGGAUGUGCUUCCAGGGCAUUUGCUGGCAGGGCGUCUCGUGAUCUCUUGGUAUUGGUGUGAGCACAGCCUGGCAGGAGAGGGCAGAUCUCCGUGCAAAGUACGUCAGAAAGCAGAUGGAAGCCAGGCCCCCUCCUGAAAGAGGCUCCUUGAAGGCUCCUGGGACCACAUUAUCAUUCUCUUCACUCGAGAGAUGAGGACACUGAAAUUCAGAGAGGGGAAGUGAUUUGCCUCAGCUUGUACUAUAUUGAAAAACAGAUUUUUAAAGCGGCUGUAGCAAUUUACAUUACCACCAGCAAUGUGUGAGUUCCAUUUGCUCUCCGUCCUUGACAGCACAUGUUGUCACUUAGAAAGAAACAUUUCAACAGAGAACCCAGUGGAAAUUAUGACAUGUUAUCUUCUCAGAGUCCUGAACUCCCAUCCCUACCUCAGAAGAGACUCCUCUGUUCACAGAAGCUAAAGGCAGUUCCUUCCCAAUGGCAACUAUGUUUGGAUGUUGGAUCUACGCUUUCUCAAGCACUGUGAUCUUCAAAUCAAAGGAGAUUUCUCCCAUUGUAUACUUCUUAUGAUCAACAAAUUCCAUCAUCUCCCCACUAAGAGAAAGUACUCCAAGAUGAUAGAAUGAUUUUAAAGUUAUGGGACUACAACAGCAGCCACAGGAACCUUGAGCAGCAUCCAGCAAGAGAAAGCAGGGAGGAGCUGACAGAGCCCUCAUCACUGCUUGCCUGACAGGAGGUAGGGGAAGCAAAAAAGAGCCUCUGAGGGGAAGCUCACCUCUGCUCGGACCCACCACAGUUACAGCACCUGUCCAGCUUUCUGUAGCACUUGAAGGAGCAAGUGCGCUGCCUACUGAGGGGAUAAGACAUGUACACAUAACUAGACUCCAAGGUGAAAGGGACAAACACACACAUCCAUCUGAGGAAAACUGCAUCUUCCUACAAGCUUUCUCAGCACCUCUUCAGAAUCCAGUGUGCUAAGUUUGCUCAAAAUGGCAGUGCUGGAGGAAGAAUUCACGUUGUCUUCAGUAGUCCUGAGCACGGGGCCUGAAGGACUCCUAGGCAUGAAGCAGAGUGACAAAACAGACCAGUUUCUAGUGACAGACAGUGGCAGAACCGUGAUCCUCUAUAAGGUUUCUGAUCAGAAACCCUUGGGGAGCUGGUCAGUGAAACAGGGUCAAAUUGUAACAUGUCCAGCUGCGUGCAACUUUCAAACUGGAGAGUAUAUUGUUGUACACAAUAAUAAGAUUUUAAGAAUCUGGAAUAAUGAAGAUGUAAACCUGGAUAAGGUAUUUAAAGCUACAUUGUCAGUUGAAGUAUGUAGGAUACUUUCAGUGCAAGGGUCAGAACCCUUGGUGCUCUUCAAGGAAGGUGUUCGUGGUUUAGAGGCCUCGCUUGCAGACCCCCAGCAGAAAAUUGAAGCUGUUAUCUCUGAUGAAGUGAUUAAAUGGACAAAGUUUUCCAUAGUGUUCAGACAUCCUGUUUUAAUUUUUAUUACUGAAAAACAUGGAAAUCACUUUGCUUAUGUGCAAAUGUUUAACUCACGUAUCUUAACCAAAUAUACACUCUUAGUUGGACAAGACAAAAACUCUUUUAUAGAGAGUUUUACUGCAUUGGUAGAUCAGAAAUUCAUCUCUUUGACGUCAUUAAGCUCUGAUGGUUGUAUAUAUGAAACCUUGAUGCCAAUACGUCCAACUGACCCAGAAAAAAAUCAGAGCUUAGUUAGAUCACUGUUGCUCAAGGCUGUUGUGUCUGGUAACACUUGAAAUGGAGUUGCACUCACUGCGCUGGAUCAGGAUCACGUCACAGUCCUAGGAAGUCCACUAGCAGCUUCUAAGGAAUGCCUCUCUGUAUGGAACAUAAAAUUUCAAACACUACAGACUUCAAAAGAGUUACCACAAGGGACCAGUGGUCAACUCUGGUAUUAUGGGGAAAAUGUGUUUAUGCUACAUGGAGAAUCUGUGAUUCCAUACAACUGUGAAGUGUCAUCAUUAGCAGGUGCUCAUGGAAAACUCAAGCAUAGUCAAGAUCCAGGAACUCAUGUCGUGCCCCAUUUUGUAAACUGGGAAACACCUCAAGGAUGUGGACUUGGGUCCCAGAACUCAGAGCAGUCAAGAAGAAUUUUAAGGAGACGAAAAAUUGAAGUGAGUUUACAGCCAGAGGUAUCACCAUCCAAACAACUUUUGUCAACCAUAAUGAAAGAUUCAGAGAAACACACUGAAGUAGAAGUAUGGAAAUUUUUGGCUCUGAAGCAGACCCCUGACUUUCAUACUGUCACUGGGGACACAGUAACAGGACUUCUGGAAAGGUGUAAAGCAGAACCAUCAUUUUAUCCCCGGAGCUGUCUGAUGCACCUUAUCCAAGUGCAUGUGCUUUCUUACAGUUUGUGCCGUGACUUAAUGGAGAUUGCCUUAAAAAAGAAAGAUGUACAGUUGUUACAACUCUGUCUACAGCAGUUCCCUGACAUUCCUGAAUCGGUCACCUGUGCUUGCUUAAAAAUUUUCUUGAGAAUUGGUGAUGACAGUAUUCAAGAAACAGAUGUCAGUAUGGAGUCAGUUUUUGACUAUAGUAAUUCUGUACAUGAUGAGAAAAUGGAAGAGCAAACUGGAAUUCUUCAAAAUGGCUUCAAUCCUGAAGAAGAUAAAUACAGUAACUGUGAUCAAGAGUUAAAUAAAAAGCCCCAGGACAAGACAAAGGAGACCAUUUCAUGCUCUGUGAUACCAAAAAGAGCAGCUCUACUUAAUGCAAUUCUUCAUUCAGCAUAUAGCGAAACAUUUCUUCUGCCUCAUUUGAAAAACAUCCCAGCACAGCAUAUCACACUGUUUCUCAAGUGUUUGUGUUUCCUUUAUCUGAAGUGUAGCGAAAAUGCUACUAUGACUCUUCCUGGAAUACACCCACCUACCUUGAACCAGAUUAUGGAUUGGAUAUGUCUACUUCUGGAUGCAAAUUUUACUGUUGUAGUAAUGAUGCCAGAAGCAAAGAGGCCACUGAUAAAUCUUUACAAGCUUGUAAAAUCUCAGAUAUCUGUUUAUUCCAAGCUCAACAAGAUUGAAGUAAGUUUUUGGGAGCUACAGAAAUUAAAUCAAGAAAAGAAUAAUAGAGGAUUAUAUUCAAUUGAAGUGCUGGAGCUCUUCUGAUAUUACCAAUUCUCCUUCAUAGUCAUUUUAUAAAGCUCUUUUAUGUAACUCUUGCUUCAACCAGGCAAGAGUGGUGUUUUGUUUGCGACCCUCUCGGUGUCAAGAGAAACAUGUCAGUGAGUACCUGGACCAUCACUUAUUGAUGCUCCGGGGUAGAACUGCAGGUUUCACAUGAACCUAUUCUAGGUUGUGGACAUUGGUGUGCAGAGGUUCUGCAAUUUUUAAAAAAUAUGUAACUGGGUUGAUUUUAAGUAAAAUUAUUUGUGUAUUGAUAAAAGUCUAAUUUCUUAUCAUGUAUUUUGAAUUUUCUUUUAAUAAAAAACGACC